AUGUCUUGUGGAGGCUUGAUCGCUCCAGUAAGUGGGGCUGGAUCUCUAUCCUUCCCUCAAUUGACUCCGGGCGGCUACCCUUCCCCUCAGUCCUCAAGCGGCCCAGUAACGGUUUCAACUCACGGGACGGUCCCAAACAUCCACGAGACUGCCACUGUGGAGAAUGGAGCCCGCAUUUCUGGACUUCACUGCGUCUGGUUGCUGGUCGCCUCAACUGGGAACCGUUUACGAUUCGAGACACCUCGUGUCGACGGACGCCAGAAUGACUGCUCAGAACUAUCGAAGAGGGCCCAGAGGAUAGGCGAGUUGAAGUACAACUGGCGACCUAAUGGUCUUGAGGUUCGUUCUGGAGGAGAGUGGGAUUCCCCCAUUUUAUUGACGGAUUGUCCUAUUAGUGGGAUCACUGCUGGCAGAGACGCCAGUUACACGAUAAAUUCAACGGCUGCUGCCACUGCGUUGGUCAGGAUAGACGCAUGGAAGACUGUAGAGGAAUCAUUUGACUUCAAUCUCACGUACACAUUAGACAAUAACGGUAACCUUGAUAAUUUUGAUGGCCUUUAA